AUGAAUUCUGGCUUAGUGAGACUUUUGAUAGCUGGAUGUGCUCUUCUCCGACCGUGCCUGCCAGCCUCGGGAGAUUGGAAAACACGGAAGGAGAACCAUGCAGUGGGACCCCACUGGCGAGUUAAAAGAGGCUGGGUGUGGAACCAAUUCCUUGUACCCGAGGAGAUGAAUACGACGAGGUAUCACGUUGGCCGGCUAAGAUCUGAUUUAGACAACGGGAACAACUCUUUCCAUUAUAAGCUUUUGGGAGAUGCCGCUGAGACCUUUUUUGACAUUGAUCAAAGGACAGGUGACAUCUACGCGGUCCGGAAGCUGGACAGGGAGGAGCGGGCGCUCUACACGCUGAGAGCGCAGGUAACAGAUGCCGCCACCGGAAGGGCUGUGGAGCCAGAGUCUGAAUUUGUCAUCAGAGUUUCGGAUAUCAAUGACAAUGAACCAAAAUUCCUGGAUGAACCCUAUGAGGCCACUGUACCUGAGAUGUCCCCAGAAGGGACGUUCGUCAUCCAGGUGACAGCUACGGAUGCCGACGAUCCUUUCAGUGGCAAUAACGCUCGUCUCCUCUACAGCCUCCUCCUCGGACAGCCGUACUUCUCCAUUGAACCAACAACAGGAGUCGUAAGGAUAUUUACUGAAGUGGAUAGAGAACUGCAAGAGGAACACUGGGUGAUCAUUCAAGCCAAAGACAUGAUUGGCCAGCCUGGAGGACUUACUGGCACAACAAGUGUAUUAAUUACACUUUCUGAUAUUAAUGACAAUAAACCUAUAUUUAAAAAAAAUUUCUACCGCCUGUACGUCUCUGAAUCUGCUCCCAUUGGGACGUCUAUAGGAACACUUGUGGCAUUUGACAGUGACAUUGGAGAGAAUGCAGAAAUGGACUACAGCAUUGAAGAUGAUACACAAACAUUUGACAUCGUCACUAACAAUCAGACUCAAGAAGGAAUAGUUAUAUUAAAAAAGAUGGUGGAUUUUGAGCACCAGAAUCAUUACAGCAUUAGAGCAAAAGUUAAAAAUCGCCACGUUGCUGAGCAUCUCCUGAAACAUCAUACUGACCCGUCCACUACCUUCAUUAAGGUGCACGUGGUGGAUGAGGACGAACCUCCUGUUUUCCUCCACCCUUAUUACAUAUUUGAAAUUUUUGAAGGAAAUGAAUUUGGAUCCUUUGUGGGAGUGGUAUCUGCCACAGAUCCAGAUCAUAGGAAGUCUCCAAUCAGGUAUUCUAUCACCAGAAACAAAAUGUUCAGUAUUGAUGACAAUGGUACAAUCUUUGCAACUAUCCCUCUUGACCGAGAGAUUAGUGGUUGGUACAACAUAAGUAUUACUGCUACAGAAAAAUACAAUGCACAACAAUCUAUUGAAGUCCCUGUGUAUGUGCAAGUUCUUAAUAUUAACGAUCAUGCUCCCGAGUUCUCUCAGUAUUACGAGACUUAUGUCUGUGAAAAUGAAGAAGUUGGUAAGACAGUUCAGACCAUCAGCGCAGUGGACAGAGAUGAAUCCAUAGAAAAGCACUAUUUCUACUUUAAUCUCACUGGAGAAGACACGACGAACUCAAGUUUUACAAUCAUAGAUAAAAAAGACAACACAGCUGACAUUUUGACGAACAGAACUGGAUUCAGCCUUCAAGAAGAACCUGUCUUCUACCUGCCCAUCUUAAUUGCUGACAACGGAGUCCCACCACUGACGAGCACAAACACCCUUACCGUGUAUGUCUGCAACUGUGAUGACCGUGGACAUUCUCGGACCUGCAGCAACAAAAAGCAUCUAUUUGCCCUGGGAUUCCGGAUAGAAAUCAUCGUAGCUGUUCUAAUCUGCGUCAUGACAAUAUUUGGGUUUAUCUUUUUGAUCCUGAGUCUCAAGCAGAAAAGAAAGGAGACUCUGUUUCCUGAGAAAAGUGAGGACUUUGGGGAGAACAUAUUCACAUAUGACGACGAAGGGGGCGGCGAGGCAGACACUGAGGCCUAUGACAUUGCGGAGCUGAGACCUACCACCUUCAGGAGGGAGAAGAGGACACGGAAACACAUCCCCUCGGACAUCCCCAGCCUGUACAGGCAGUCGCUGCAGGUGGGCCCCGACAGCGCCAUAUUCAGGAAAUUUAUUCUAGAAAAACUGGAUGAAGCCAACAGCGACCCCACAGCCCCUCCUUUUGACUCCCUGCAGACCUAUGCCUUCGAAGGAACAGGGUCAUUGGCGGCAUCACUGAGCUCCCUGGGGUCAGAAAUCUCUGAUCAGGACGAAAACUAUGACUACCUGAACGACUUGGGACCUCGCUUUAAGAGAUUAGCUUGCAUGUUUGGUUCUGCGAUGCAGUCAAAUAAAGGAGGAUGCUAA